AUGUCACCAAGAGAUUCAAGCUCAGGAUAUUCGUCGAAUGCCGAGUACUACAUGGAAUCACCAAUCGAUCGAGCUGAAGUAGUCCGUCAAAGGAUGCAGUACGUAGAAGACCAUCCAAGUUCCUAUCAGACAAGCUCACCCAGGAGCGAAAUCGAAUUGGAAGAUGAUGGAGCCGAAGUGAUACGCAGAAGAAUGCGCUACGUUGAAGACGAUACGAAUUCGCUGAAGGAUAGCGCUGCACAAACUGACCAAGACAGUCUUGUGGAUCAUAUUAAGGUUGCAUAA